GACAACAAAACAACAUGAGCUUAACCAAGGGCGCAAAGAAAGACACCAAGAUGAGGAUUCGGGCUUUCCCGACCAAUAUGGACGACAAGUACGUGGAUAAUAUCUGGGCGCUGCUGAAGAAUGCCAUUCAGGAGAUCCAGCGAAAGAACAACAGCGGGCUGAGCUUUGAGGAGCUGUACCGCAAUGCUUACACCAUGGUGCUGCACAAGCACGGCGAGAGGCUGUACACGGGCUUAAGGGACGUCGUCACUGAACAUUUGGUGGAGAAAGUUCGAGCUGAUGUCCUGGCAUCGCUGAAUAACAACUUUCUACAGACGCUGAAUGCAGCCUGGAAUGACCACCAGACAGCGAUGGUCAUGAUCCGAGAUAUCUUGAUGUACAUGGAUCGUGUCUACGUGCAGCAGAACAAAGUAGACAACGUGUAUAACUUGGGGCUGAAGAUCUUCCGUGACCAGGUGGUGCGUUACGGCAACAUCCGCGACCAUCUACGCCAAACGCUACUGCAGCUGGUCAUGAAGGAACGCCGGGGAGAAGUUGUUGACAGGGGUGCAGUGAAGAAUGCAUGCCACACAUUGAUGGUGCUGGGCAUUGACUCCAGAUCUGUGUAUGAGGAAGACUUUGAGCGGCCCUUCCUAGAACAGUCGGCAGAGUUCUACCAGACGGAGAGUCAGAAGUUCCUUGCAGAGAACAGUGCCUCAGUCUACAUCCGCAAGGUGGAGGCUCGCAUCAAUGAAGAGGCCGAGAGGGCAGCACACUACCUGGACAAGUCCACAGAGGAACCGAUCGUAAAGGUUCUGGAGGAUGAGUUGAUCAGUAAACACAUGAAAAAUAUUGUCGAGAUGGAGAAUUCGGGUGUGGUUCACAUGUUGAAAAACAACAAGAAAGAUGACCUAGCCUGUAUGUACAAGCUCUUCAUCCGUGUCCCUAAGGGUCUAGAAACCAUGUGCCAGUGUGUGAGCGGGUACCUACGAGAGCAAGGCAAGGCUCUGGUGCAGGAGGAGGACAGCGGAAAGAAUCCAAUACAAUAUGUUCAGGACCUCCUGGAACUGAAGGACAGAUUUGACAGGUUCCUGCGGGAGUCCUUCAACAACGAUCGCAAGUUCAAGCAAACCAUCUCAGGGGACUUUGAAUACUUCCUGAAUCUCAACCCCAAGUCGCCAGAGUAUCUGUCCCUCUUCAUCGACGACAAGCUCAAGAAGGGAGUCAAAGGGUUGUCGGAGCAGGAAGUGGAGGCCAUCCUGGACAAGAGCAUGAUCCUGUUUCGUUUCCUGCAGGAGAAGGAUGUCUUUGAGCGCUACUACAAGCAACACCUGGCCAAGAGGCUACUACUCAACAAGAGCGUCUCAGACGACUCGGAGAAGAACAUGAUCUCCAAGCUCAAGACGGAAUGUGGUUGUCAGUUCACGUCCAAGCUAGAAGGAAUGUUCAAAGACAUGACCGUGUCCAACACAUUCAUGGAGGAGUUCAAGAACCAUGUGCAGACAGCCCAAAUCAACAUGUAUGGAGUGGACCUGAGUGUACGUGUCUUGACCACCGGUUUCUGGCCUACGCAGUCAGCCACACCACAGUGUACCAUACCGCACCAGGCCAGAGGUGCCUUUGAAGCCUUCAAAAGGUUUUACCUGACAAAGCACACAGGAAGACAAAUAUCGCUGACGCCGCAACUGGGCUCAGCGGACCUACACGCCGUGUUCUACGGGUCUAAAAAGGAGGUGGGCAAGCAAGAGCAGCGACGACACAUCAUCCAGGUGUCCACGUACCAGAUGUGCAUUCUAAUGCUGUUCAAUACAAGAGAACAGGUCACAUAUGAGGAGAUCAUUCAAGAGACGGAUAUCCCUCCUAAGGAUCUGAUCAGGGCGCUGCAGUCACUAGCCUUGGGCAAACCCACGCAGAGAAUACUGGUCAAAGACCCGAAGUGCAAAGACAUAGAAAAUAGCCACAUUUUUACUGUCAACGACAUGUUCACCUCGAAGCUUUUCAGGGUCAAAAUCCAAACAGUGGCAGCUAAGGGUGAGUCGGAGCCAGAGAGGAAAGAAACGAGGACAAGAGUGGAUGAAGACAGGAAACAUGAGAUUGAAGCUGCAAUCGUCCGCAUCAUGAAGUCAAGAAAGAAGAGGCAACACAACGUACUAGUAGCUGAGGUAACUGAGCAGCUCAAGUCUAGGUUUCUACCCAGCCCCGUUGUCAUCAAGAAGAGAAUAGAGAGCCUUAUUGAGAGGGAGUAUCUAGCUAGAACAACAGAAGACAGGAAAGUCUACACGUACGUUGCAUGAGUUGACAGCGUGCAGUACAAUGAGGAUUCCCCCGCACAAAGUGAAUCUUCGUACACCGUUGCCACUUUACAGGACAGUAGGAAAGUUUGCUAGAUGACAUCCAUUUAGACCCCAAUGCUUUAAGAAAUCUUCAGCGUGAACAACGAAUAGUAGUCCUGUAAAAACAAAACUCCACCUUUUUUCUGGGGGCAAACAUUUGUUUUUUUUUUAUUGAUAUGCUCUAGGAGCACCCUCUUGUAAUAACAAAAAGGAAUGCCGAGUUUUGCAUAUUGCACAUCGUGAUGAACAAUAAGAAUGUCUCCUGUCUGCCUGCCAGAUGGUUUGGGAAAUUUCCCUGAGAUAUAACUCGAAAUGAUUUGCCGGGCUUAUAGGCCAUCAGCCUGGGGGUUUGGUCGGUAUCAAAUGAGGGGAAAAGUGCUCAUUGUGAUUUUUG